ACGAUGGAAGCGAAUGUCCUGCGCGCAGCUCAAUCACUUCGUGUGCAAAAUCCCCAAAGCGCAUUACCCGCUUGCCAGUCAAGCCGAGCCGCAGGUGGAAGCCAAGCAGCAGGUGGAACGGACCGAUUCCAAACUCUUGUUCUUCAUGUCAGCUGGCAGUUGCAAGGACCUACAGGUGGAAAUGAUGGAAGGGCUCCAGGUGGGGAGCACCAUCACCAUCAGCGGGCAAGGCAACGAAAAGACAAAGGGCUUCCAAGCCAACCUUCUCUACGGCGAUGGCAAAAUGGCCCUCCAGGUCGAGCUGGACGUCUUGACCAAAACCAUCUCGCUGACCUCCAAACUGGCCAGCGACCAGGGCGUCAAGCAACAGAACCAGCUGCUCGAGGCCCCCCUGCAACCUGGAGUCAAUUUUGAGAUCGUCAUCCAGUGCGACGAGCGUGGCUUCCACGUGCUCGCCGCGGACCACUGGCUAUACUACGCCUACCACCACGAGCACGACCUGCCACGCGUCACGCUGCUGAAACUGCACGGGGACGUGUCGCUCAAGUCCAUCAACCUGGCAGGGGAGGCGCUGACAAGUACAAGAGUACAAGACCAAGCAGUGUAGCGCAGUGCCGAAGAAGUUAACAUUGGUAAGAGAUCCAUCAAAGUUUGCCACCUCAAAAGCAGUUACUGAGGGUGGAGAAAGCUGGCGAGGAGAAGAAGAAAAAAAAAUAGAAAGAAAAAAAAAGUUGCUCAGGUUAAAUACAGAGUGUGUCCAGUGAGAUGUCAAAAAAGCCUUUCAAGAAAAUUUGAAAUGUUCUGCCAAGAUAACAUAGCGCCGUAUUUCUUUUGUGCACCCUGUC